GGGAUGGACUUUAAGAUCCCUUCCCACCCAAACCAUUCCACGAUUCUAACAGCUGCAAUCAAUGACCUUGGAGGCCUUUUCCACCAGAAACAAUUCUAAGCAGCUGCAGAAAGAAAACCACCAGGGGUGUUCCCAAACCUGACACAGGAAAGGAACAGUUUUCCACAGCUCCCAGAGCCUCCCUGCUGCGUGUGGCAGCAACUGUCACGUCAAGGCAGUUGAUUGCAGACUCUGCCUAAUGAACGUGGGCAGCAGAUGACAGCUGCUCCGGUGCUUUGGCGCUGCUUCCAAAGCCAUUCCACACUAGUAGGUGGCCGUGCUAUUUUGGAUGUAUGAAAGCACUGCAAGGCUUGGAAACAUCCAGCUCAUUCCUUGACAGUUCAGGUGGAAAUAAGAGUUUCUUGACAGAAGGUGAAUGGGAAAAAACCCCCUUCAUAUUCCUUUUUUCUAGGAAGCGGGUUAAGUGGUGAUCACAGAGAUUCAAGGAAUCCCAGAAUGGUUUGAGUGGGAAGGGAUCUCAAACAUCAUUUGGUUCCAACCUCGUGCCAUGGGCAGGGACACUUUGCACUAGCCAGGCUACUCCAACCUGGUUUUGAACACUUCCAGGGAUGGGGCAGCCAGAGCUUCUCCAGAUAUUGAAGGAUUUCUUAGGAAGCAGAAGGGAUACAAAGGCAAUAGAAUGCCUAAGUAAGUCUCUGCAUGGAAACAUGGGCGAGCACAAUUCCUUAUCCUGUGCCAGCAAAGUGGUUCCUCCGGCUGCGAGGACACAAUGCAAGCUCACAACAGAUAAGGAACAUCAAGAGGGAAAUUAAGAGUCUAAUUGGUGUCUUAGGAGCCACCUGAGCAAAAUGACCUUUGGGUACUGGCAGCAGCAGUGUCUGAGAAAGCACCGAUGGUAUCAGCCCUAAGCCAGGAUCCUUCCAAGUCCCAUCCACCAACCCCAGGAAUUUGCUGGGCUGGAUGGAAGAGGCUGCCUGAGACUCAUGCAGAUGAAUCACCCACACAAACCUGAAGCCCCACCUCACACUGGGAUUGAAAUUUAAAACAGCCAGGAGAUUAUUUACAGCCUGGUUUGGGAGCUCUGCUGACACAAGGAGCUCUCGGAGUGGCGGGAGGGAGAGCAGCCUGAUCCAGGUGGGCUCCCAGCACGUGCUCCCGGGUGCCUGAGCGUGGGCUGAGGCUCCACCACUCCACACACCUACUUCCUGCAAUCCUGGCAAUUACCAACGGAGUGAAACCCAGUUUCUGACGUGGCUGACUCAGCAAGGGCUUGGCUCAAAACAAACACAUCCACGCAGGGAGCGCAGCCCGGGAAGCAGCGACGGGUGGCACAUGAAGAGAAGGCAGCAGCAGCGCUGGGGAGUUUUGGCAUUCUGGGUCCAACCUGGCUGAAUUCCUGCACUCCUGGCUGAGCUCUCCCUGGACUUGCUUCUUCAUCCUGGUCUCCGAGUGCUCCAGCAGCUUCUUCUCUUCACUCCCGGACUCCGGGCUGCUCCAACAGGGUCCCGGAGCCGCAGCACACGUUUAACGAGCUCGCUCACACGCCGCCGCUCCUCUCCACUCCAGGGGAGACUCCUUCAGAUCCGAGACAAGCCAAGUGCUCCUCACCACGGCGUGGAGUUUGCAUUUCCUGCACUACCAGCCUCUCCGUGCUCCUUGCAGCUCCGGGAACGGGGCAGGAAGAGGUCGAUCCUGUUGCGUGGCUCCCUGCUGAUCCCUCAGCUCCCGCCUGUGAGGAGCCAGCUUUCCUGCUCCUCGCUGCCUUUCCUCACCAUGGAUACUUGGCGCAGGGGGUCCAUCAAGUCCACCACCUUCUUCCGCCGCUUCUCCCUCAGGAGGCACAAAAAGCUGGGCAACCAAGUCAUCAUCCUGAACCAGAACAGCCACACUCUGGACACGGACGGCCAGAAGAGGGAAUGCUUGAGGGAUCUGAAGGACAAGUCCGAGUACCUGUCCUGUCAGAGCGAGCAGAACCUGGCCAAGGCACAAGCCCCUCCCAAGCCUCCCCGGCUGUACCUGGACAGUUCCAGCUGCCCCAACAUCAUCGACCGCACAGAUUCCCACUCCGACCUCUCCUUUUCCGACGCUGCUCCGUACCACAAAGCCACUCCGACGCACAAGGACCAGGCUACGGACCACGGCACCUCAGAGGCAGGUCUCCCAAACAGCACCACUCUUCCCGACCUGGCUGACCCCUUCCUGUCCUUCAAAGUGGAUUUGGGGCUAUCGCUCCUUGAGGAUGUGCUGCAGACCCUCAGGAAACAGAACCCCAGGGAUUACGCCAUUUGAAGGUAUUCCUUGUCCAUCACAUC